AUGAAGGACCUUUCUCCUGACGCAACUGAAACAACCCCUUUCGUAAAACAGACGAAAAAGUAUCCUGCUCCUAGAAGGCCAAAUCCAAGUUGGGUUGGAUGUGGCUUUCUCGUCUAUCUUCUUGGAGUUGGUACGGUGUUGCUCCUUUUCAGAGUACACGUACCACAGUUGUCAGGGCAAGAUGAAUACCACCUCGAUCCAAUCAAAAGUCUACAAGAAGAUUCUUCCAUCGAAAAUAUCUCACAUGGCGUUGUCGCAUCCGACCAUGAGGUCUGUUCGAAGAUUGGAGUGUCGAUUCUCAGUGAUGGUGGGAAUGCAAUUGAUGCUGCAGUUUCAACUAUGCUUUGCCUUGGAGUCGCCAACCCUGCUUCUUCUGGACUCGGUGGCGGAGCUUUCAUUCUGAUUCAGGGCGACAAGAGUCAUUUUGAAAAUAGGACAGCAGCGCAGCAAACGGCGAAUAUGCCUCCAUUUCAUGAUGCCCGUGACAAACCUCCACUAGAGUCACGAGGCAAGAUACUCGAAGUCAUUGAUUGUCGAGAGACUGCACCAUCAGCUUCGACAGAAGACAUGUUUGGCGACAUGCCAGCGUCCGCGUCAUCCUUUGGAGGCCUGGCCAUAGCUGUCCCAGGAGAACUACGAGGAUUGGAAUUGGCUCAUGCUCGCCACGGCAAGUUGCCAUGGAAGACCGUCGUAAGCCCAGCCAUUUCACUGGCAGAGAAUGGGGUUCCAAUUUCUACCCAUCUUGCUACAGAUAUUAGCGAAAUCUUGAACAAAGAUGAGUUAAAGAUUGGGAAGUUUGCAAACUUGAGAGCAUUCCUAACUAAAACCGAUAGUGGUUGGGGGAACUACCGGAAGACAGGAGAAUUGCUGAAGAAUCCAGCAUUGGCAGAGACUCUUCGAAUUGUUGCUCAAAAGGGUGGUGAUGGGUUCUAUAUGGGGGAGAUCGCACAACAGCUUGUAGACGAUGUUGGAGCCGAAAAUGGAAUACUAACCAUAGAGGAUAUGAAAAACUACAAAGCUACCCUGAGGUCUCCUCUUCUCAGUAGUGUCAACGGAUUCAGUAUUGUUGGGGUACCUCCGCCAAGUUCUGGCGGAGCGACACUAAUUGGAGCUGCUCGUUUCCUUUCCGGGUACAAGAGUCCUUUGGCCAGCGAAUCCGAUACUCUUUCCGUCCACAGGACUGUUGAAGCAUUGCGACACGCGUUUGCUCUUCGGAUGUCUCUUUGCGACCCUGCAUUCAAUACCAAUAAAACCAGAGAAGCCGUAAAGGAUCUGGUCGAAGGAGAGUACAUGGAGAACUUGCGGAGGAUUUCAAAAGACCGUGACACAUUGCCUCUUUCCAUGUAUGGUGGGAAGAAGUGGGCACAGUUGCAGGAUUCAGAUGGACGCAUCAAGAGUAUUGAAGAUGCGCAUGAAGGAGAUCGGCGGCUGAAACGAAGACGUCUUGGUCGCCCGUUUGGAUAUCUCGAAGAUUCCGGCACUAGUCACUUGUCAGUAGUUGACAUUGAAGGAAAUGCAGUGUCGGUAACUUCCUCCAUCAACCAAGUCUUUGGCUCCUAUGUUUUUAGUGAGUCCACAGGGGUUCUAAUGGGAAACACUAUGGAUGACUUUGGAAACCCAGGACGAUCAAAUUACUACGGCUUGAAGCCCUCACCUGAGAAUUUCGUAGCUCCAGGGAAGAGACCACUGUCGUCAAUGUCGCCAACGUUCGUAUUCCGAGAGGACGAAAAUUGUGGACAUGGCGAUAUUGGUGCCUUGAAGCUUGUCAUUGGAGGCUCUGGAGGCCCGAAAAUCAUAUCGAGUGUACUCCAAGUUUUCAUCAACUACUGUCUUCUAGGCAUGCCCCUCUUUGAAGCCCUCGUUCGCCCCCGCAUUCACGAGCAGUUGGUGUACCACAACGCGGCUGUCACAACAACAGAAAACGAUCAUUUGGACCAAGGACCUCUACUUCAAGUUCCACAAAGGACCAAAGACGCUCUUUUGAGUAGGGGUCACAAGGCACUUCUAGAUAUUGAUUAUGCUGGAACAGUCCAGGCAGUGGGUGUUGAUUUGGAGACCGAUCUUAUGACGGGAGUUUCGGACCCCAGAAAAGGUGGGACACCUGCAGGAUACUAA